GGAACUGGGCCGUCGCCCCUUUGUGUCCUCCAGGAGCCCAGGCAACAGAGUCGCUUCUUUACGGGCCCUUUCCCCUGAGGCUAGAUUUCGUCAACCAAAGGGCUGCGGGUGUGGAGGAGAUUCCAGAGCCUUCCGGGCAGAAACGGGACCUCCCCGCAGUUCGUUCUGCCGGCGCGGAGUGGGCCGGGCAGUGGCCAGCGCGCGUCUCCCGGACACCGGUCGUCAGACCCUCUGAGUGCCCCUCGGAAUAAGACAGUGUUUGUUACGGUACGGCGAGACUGUCACCCGAUGUGCGAGUCCACGUCGGCUCUGUGACAGGGUGCGAGUGAAUCCACGACUGGAGAUGGUGACCUUCAGAGAUGUGGCAGUUGACUUCUCCCAGGAAGAAUGGGAUUGUCUGAAUUCUUCUCAAAGGCAUUUGUACAGUCAUGUGAUGUUGGAGAACUAUAGGAUCUUGGUGUCUCUGGGCCUUUGCUUUUCUAAGCCAAGUGUGAUAUUCUUGUUGGAACAAGGAAAAGAGCCAUGGACAGUGAAGACAGAGCUGACAGACAGUUUGUCCACAGACUGGGAGUCUAUGUAUGUGACUGAAGAAUUAAUCCCAAAGCAGCAACUUUAUGAAGAACAGUCAUCCAGAAAGAUAAUAGAAGAACUUAGAAGUAUUGGCCUUGAGUAUCCCAGGUUGAUGGGAGAAUGGAGCCAUGAGCAGCAUUUUGAGAGGCAAUCUGAGAAUCUAAAAGCGUAUUUCAAGGAAGAGACCAUCACUUUUGAAGCUCUGGUUGAUAACAGGUCCUGGGGAAGUUUCUGUCAGAACACAUUGCUUCAUGUACAACAGACAGCCCCCACAGAGGAGAAUGUGUAUAAACAAGGCACACACAAGAAAAGCUUGAAGAAAAGCUUGAAGACUGUUAAGCCCAAGAGUAUCUACACAGAGAAGAAACUUUUGAAAUGCAACGAUUGUGAGAAAGUCUUUAGCCAGAGUUCCUCCCUUACUCUACAUCAAAGAAUUCAUACUGGAGAGAAACCCUACACAUGUAUAGAAUGUGGGAAAGCCUUCAGCCAGAGAUCAAACCUUGUUCAGCAUCACAGGAUUCAUACCGGAGAGAAACCCUAUGAGUGUAAAGAAUGUGCGAAAGCUUUCAGUCAGAAUGCACAUCUGGUCCAGCACCUGCGAGUUCACACUGGGGAGAAACCUUACGAGUGCGCGGUGUGUGGGAAGGCCUUCAGCCAGUUUGCCUACCUUGCUCAGCAUCAGAGAGUUCACACUGGAGAGAAACCCUAUGAAUGUGUGGAAUGUGGAAAAGCCUUUAGCAAUAGGUCAUCCAUUGCUCAGCACCAGAGGGUUCACACAGGAGAGAAACCUUAUGAGUGCAGGGUCUGUGGAAAAGCAUUCAGCCUCCGUGCAUACCUUACUGUGCAUCAGAGAAUACAUACGGGGGAGAGGCCCUAUGAAUGUAAGGAAUGUGGCAAGGCCUUCAGCCAAAAUUCACACCUUGCUCAACAUCAGAGAAUUCAUACAGGAGAAAAACCUUAUGAAUGCCAGGAAUGCAGGAAGGCCUUCAGCCAGAUUGCCUACCUUGCUCAGCAUCAACGAGUUCACACUGGGGAGAAACCCUACGAGUGUGUUAAGUGUGGGAAGGCUUUUAGCAAUGACUCAUCCCUUACUCAGCACCAGAGAGUUCAUACUGGAGAGAAACCUUAUGAAUGUAAUGUUUGUGGGAAGACUUUCAGUUACUGUGGAUCCCUUGCCCAGCAUCAGAGAAUUCAUACAGGAGAGAGACCCUAUGAAUGUAAAGAAUGCAAGAAAACCUUCAGGCAACAUGCACAUCUCGCUCAUCAUCAAAGAGUUCACAUUGGGGAGUCACUUGCCACCCAAUCCAGGAAGUCACCAAGUCCUGUAAAUCCCAUCUCCUAAAUAUUCCUGAAAUGUAUGUUCUUUUCUGUCUUCAGUGCUGACCACUGCUAUACUGUUCGAAUGGGUUUUCCAGUAUUUAUUAUUACUAUCUUUAAAUCCUUUUCCCAUAAUGUACCCAAAAUGAUUUUAUUUUGAGGUGGGAUCUUGUGUAACUCAAGCUGGCCUUAGAAUCACUAUGUAGCCAAGGCUGUCCUCGACUCAUUAUCUUCCUGCCUCUGCCCCUCAAGUGCAAGUGCUGUGAUUACAACUGUGUGCUACCACACCUAGCAGAUUUUGUUAAGUAUAAGGAUUAAUGCAUCACCGUCUCCACCUAAAAUUGUUUUUUGAUUGCUAGUGGUUUUAGACUAAUCAAGACCCUUUAAAAUUGUAUAUAAGACUUUUCAUUGUCUGGUCGAAACAUACCAUUCAGCUUUAUUUUAUCCCCAUCUCCUUUAGGCACUAGAUAUUUCUUAAGACUAUGAGCUUAGAUUCUGGGAAAUCAUAGUUCUACCCCUACUACGGUAUUGUGUGAGUUUGAACAACUUAUUUGACUUAUCUAAACCUAGGAUUUUAAUCUUAAAAUAGGGAUAUUAAAGGCUACUGUAUUGUGCAAAUGUAUUAAAUGAAAGUGUCUGUUGAAAAUUAAUGCAUACUGAGAUAAGAAAUUUGCAUGCAGAGUACUUAACAUCGGACAUCAACUAUAGCAGAUACUCAGUAAAUAGUAAUGCCUAACAUGAAUUAGGUGCAUACUAGACGCCAGGCGCUGUUCAGUAUAGUUAGCAUAUUUGAACUCAUUUACUUCUCAUAACUGAAACAAGAUUUGUUGAACCUCUUUGGGAAAUAUCUGAUCAGAACUGAGAAAACUUAAACAUUUUAGAACAUAAAUGGGAGUUUCCAUCCUCUGUGAAUCAUUAUUAUAGACACAGGAAGUAAAACAAUAAUUGAUUAUUAGUGUUUUACCAAGUUUCUAAAGAGAAUGGAGUAGAUUAACCCAGUAAGAUAGGAUUCACUGGCAAGUGUUCAGCACUUAUAUUUAGAUCAGGAAAAUAGAAUUCACAAUUAACUCUAAAAACAUAAAGCAGAAAUGGGUAGUUCCCAUCAAAAGACACUAAACCUAAGUAAUUAUAUGAGUUAAUUUGGUAUGAAAACAUAUCAAUUUUUUUAUACUUAGAAAAAAUAUAGUUUUUAAGCUUUUAUCCAGUGGUUUCCAAAGUGAAAUCAAAAGUAAAACUACAGAUUUUCAUUCAUUCUGUAACAAUUGAGUACUACUCUUCAAACACCCUGAAGCAUGUGACAUGAGCAACAUGAAUACUACAUUCUCCUCAGUUAAAUUCCAGAGUGUGAAAGGGUUAAUAAUAAUUAGAUAUAAAGACAAUACAUUUUCUGCCCAGCAUGGUGGCGCACACCUUAAUCCCAGCACUCGGGAGGCAGAUGCAGACAGAUCUCUGAGUUCGAGGCCAGUCAGGACUAUUACAAAGAGAAAACCUGUCUUAAAAAAAAAUACAUUGUAAAGCUGGGCAGUGGUGGGGCAUGCCUUUAAUCCCAGCACUCAAGAGGCAGAGGCAGGCAUAUUUCUGUGAGUUUGAGGCCAGCCUGGGCUACAGAGUGAGUUCCAGGAAAGGUGCCAAAACUACACAGAGAAACUCUGUCUCAAAAAAUAAAAAAAAAAAAUUUAAAACCCAGAAAACAGAAAAAUGACAAGAAAAUAAACUAAGGACCAUAAGCUAUAGCAUAGUCCCAGGAAACUCAUUGGAGUUGGUGGUUCUUCCUAAUUCAUAUUCAAUAGCAAGCUUUUUGUCGGACUAUCUUUGGAUUGGCAGCCCCCAAAUAAUGACAUGGCGACUUCUUAUUAAUUACGAAAGCUUGGCCUUUAGCUUAGGCUUGUCCCCAACUAGCUCUUAUGACUCAAAUAAACAUGCUUCUGUUAAUCUAUGUUAUGCCCCAUAGCAUUUACCUUUUCCUCACUAUGGCACGUCCUGACUUGCUCCAAAUCUGCUGGUGAAAUCUGAGUGCCUAGAUUCCUCCUCUUUUUCUCUCCCCAGAAAUCCCACCUAUCCUCUCCUGACUAGCUGUUGGCCAUUCAGCUCGUUUUUAAACCUAUCAGAAGGUACAUUGGCAAAGACAAAUAUUCUGAAGGUACAUUGACAAAGACAAAUAUUCACAGUAUACAAAUAUUCACAGUAUACAAAUAUUCUGCAACAAUAUUCAUUACAACUCCUCAGUGGAAUGCUUGUACCCUUUAAUUUCAUACAAUGCCCUGGAAGCUUCUGGCAAGUGAAAAUCCCAAAGAAUGCAAGAAACAUAUUGACUCUAUUUGUAGAAACUUCAUAUGAAAGGUUGGUUCAGGAUGGUAGCAAAAAGUAGACCUGGAGGGAUUAGAAAAAUUGAUUUUAUAUGUCAUGAGUAGUAAGGGUUGUACAAAAUGAAACCAUCAUAAAAUGAGCUAUUUUAAGAUCAAUGCUGGCAGCUAGGCACAGUGGUGAACACCUGUCAGAGGCAGACACAGGCAGAGCUUUAUGGGUUGGAGAUCAGCUUGCUUUACAUACCAAGUUCCAAGGCAGCCAAGACUACACAGUGAAACCAGCAUUUAAAAAAAAAAAAACUAACUGGAAGGAUGUGGAGCCUUGUGGAUAUUCAUGGUUGUGGUUGUCUGCAGCAUCAGUUGGCAAUAUCUUAUAAGGUUGAGGAUGUGAACUGUCUUGAACCCAGUAAUUCUGCCUUGAACCCUCUACAAAAACACAAGUCUUCAUGUUUCAUGAGAUAUACAUGGAAGGCCCACUGCAGUGCUAUUUAUAGCAAUGAAGAAAGUAGCCAAAAAGUGGGCCUAAUUUAGAAUGCCAAUUAUACUAGCCAAUGGAGAUAUUUCCAUCAACAUUGUUAAAUUCCAAAACUAUAAUAAUAUUUAAUUAGAGAGUAUUUUGUAUGACACAGUACCACAAGGAUUGAAAACAUACAAGUCAGAUGCUAUAUACUUUCCAUAAUAGAUACUAUAUAGGAAGAACAUAAAAGUGUUUAUGGAAAUAAUCACAAGAUCCAUAAUAGUGGUGAUCUCUGGGGAGAACUAAAAAUGAGACUGAGAAAGAAUGCAAAGAAAAACUAUUUAUUUAAAAACAAAGCAAAAUUGUGGGAUAUUUGUACAGUGUGUGAAGAUAUGUUACUGUGAUUGGUUUAAUAAAGAGCUGAACGUCCAACAGAUAGACAGGAUGUAUAGGCAGGACUUCCAGGCAGAGAGAAGAGAAGUAGGAGAUGAACAUAGGCAUGCAUCAGACACCAACAAAACAUGGAAAAAGUCAAACAUUCAGAAUGAAAGAAAGGUGAAAAGCCACAAGGCAAAAUGAAGAUUUAAAAAUAUGGGUUAAUUUAAGUUAUAAGAGCUAGUUGAGAUAAGCCUAAGUUAAAGACCAAACUUUCAUAAUAAGUCUCUGGGUCAUUAUUUGUGUGUCAGACCAAAGAUAGUCUGACAAGAAAGGUUGCUACAUUUGGUCCCCAACGUGGGGCACCACAAAAACAGCCAAUUCAAGUUGCUUGUAGGUGUCUGGGUUAGAGCUUAUUCUCCAUCUUCCUAUCUAAACUGUUUCAUAAUAAAGGAUAAAAGACA